CGGGACAGCCAUUUUUUUCGGCUUGGGCUAGCGGUUCGUGCGGGUGUGUGCCCGGCGAGCUGCCCGUGUCUGUCAGCACCAUGUCCGACUUCGACAGCAACCCGUUCGCGGAUCCUGACCUGAACAACCCGUUUAAGGAUCCUUCAGUUACACAGGUGACCAGAAAUGCACCUCCCGGGUUAGAAGAGUAUAAUCCAUUCUCAGACUCCAAAACCCCUCAACCAGCAAAAGUAAAAAUGCCGGCAGCAGCCCCCAGCACACAGCCAGCUAUAAUGAAACCGACAGAAGAGCCUCCAGCAUACACUCAAAUUGCAAAAGAACACGCUCUGGCUCAAGCUGAACUCCUUAAACGGCAGGAGGAGUUGGAGAGGAAAGCAGCAGAAUUGGAUCGCAGGGAACGAGAGAUCCAGAGCCUAAACCAGCCUGGUGGAAGAAAGAAUAAUUGGCCUCCACUCCCUACAAAUUUCCCAGUUGGUCCUUGUUUUUACCAAGAUUUCUCAAUGGAUAUUCCUGUGGAAUUUCAGAAGACUGUGAAGAUUAUGUACUACCUGUGGAUGUUUCAUACAGUCUCCCUUUUUGUAAAUAUUUUCGGUUGCCUGGCCUGGUUCUGCGUUGAUUCAAGCCGAGGGGUUGACUUUGGGUUGGCGAUCCUGUGGUUUUUGCUUUUCACCCCUUGCUCCUUUGUUUGCUGGUACAGACCACUUUAUGGAGCAUUCAGGAGUGACAGCUCUUUCAGGUUCUUUGUGUUCUUCUUUGUGUACAUCUGUCAGUUCGCUGUGCAUGUUCUACAAGCUGCCGGGUUUAAAGGCUGGGGUAACUGUGGAUGGAUUUCUGCACUUACUGCACUAAACAUGAAUAUUCCAGUGGGGAUAAUGAUGAUUAUAAUAUCUGCCCUAUUCACAGCUUCUGCAGUAAUAUCACUAGCAAUGUUUAAAAAGGUGCACGGACUGUACCGGACAACGGGCGCCAGCUUCGAAAAAGCCCAGCAAGAAUUUGCUACAGGGGUGAUGUCUAACAAAACCGUGCAGACUGCCGCAGCCAAUGCUGCUUCUACAGCCGCGAGCAGUGCUGCCCAGAAUGCUUUCAAGGGUAACCAGAUGUAAGAGAGGUAGCUGCAAGUGACCAUCACCAGUUCUCUGUCCAGUCACGCUCCUCUUCUCCAGCCGUGUUUGCAGCACCCCCCGAAAGACUAUAAAUUGCACUUGCCAUGUGUAUUUGCUACAUUCAGGCCCAUUCAGUGCCAGUUGGAAAUGGAAUGUCACAUAUUAAUGCAGGCGCCUCCGGCACUCCAUGGGCAUAUUGGUUGUGCAUGGUCUAAACCAGUAAUGCUGUUACUGGAUCUCUUGUAUACCCCUCACCAUCCUUUUCCUUUUUUUUUUUUUCUUGAGUCUGCCAUGCUCUGCCCCUCCCCCGACAUUGUCUAAUAUCUGGUGGAUUACUAUAGUGUGAAUAUGGCGUUAUUAGAUUGCAAUUGUGCUAAGGUCCUAAAUAGAGAAAGUAUUUUCUGAUUUUUACUGCUGAAAAUGCUCUUU